GGCAUCACAGAGGGACUGACACUCCUUCUUGGACUGCGGACUGCUCUUGGCCAGAAUCUUUCUCACAGCUUGCUCUAGCCUCAGUUCUUUUUUACUUUGCUUGCACCAAUUAGAUUAGACUGACUAGUGAAAGGCAAAAAUGAGACAGAGCAUGACCACCUCUAGUAUGAGGAGCGGUGGAUUACAAAGAACGGCUCAAUCAAUGAUUGUGCCAAGUAGCAGGCAAAGAAUGAGCUACGUGUCCAUGUCCAGGGCAGCUCCUGUUAGCAGUUCAUUCUCAAGUUCCAGCAGCUAUAUGGGUGGUGGUGGCUUUGGUGGUGGUGGUGGUGGUGGCUUUGGUGGUGGUGGCGGCGGCGGCUAUGGGGGUGGAAUGGGAUUAUCACUUGGUGGUGGUGGUGGAGGAGGAGGAUUCAGUAGCCUUGGUGGUGGAUAUGGUGGCGGAUAUGGUGGACUCGGUGGCGGUGGAUUUGGUGGUGGAUUUGGCGGUGGAAUGGCUCCACCAAUGCCAAUCACAGCAGUCACCGUUAACCAGAGUUUACUGGCCCCUCUCAACCUGGAAAUUGAUCCCAACAUUCAGCAAGUCCGAGCCCAAGAAAAGGAGCAGAUCAAGACCCUCAACAAUCGCUUUGCCUCCUUCAUUGACAAGGUCCGCUUCCUGGAGCAGCAGAACAAGAUGCUGGAGACCAAAUGGAACCUCCUGCAAGAGCAAAGUGGUAGUGGUCCAGGUGGUGCAAGAUCCAAUAUUGAACCCAUGUUUGAAGCCUACAUUGCCAAUCUGCGUCGGCAACUGGACGGCUUGAACAAUGAGAAAAUUAAACUGGAAAGUGAUUUGAAAAACAUGCAAGGCUUGGUGGAAGACUUCAAGAACAAGUAUGAAGAUGAAAUCAACAAAAGGGCUGCAGUGGAAAAUGAUUUUGUCCUGCUGAAAAAGGAUGUUGAUGGUGCUUACAUGAACAAGGUUGAACUGGAGGCCAAGGUCGAGGCACUUCAAGAUGAGAUUAACUUCUUGCGUGCCCUCUACGAUGCGGAGCUCAAUGAAUUACAGAAUCAGGUUAAAGACACCUCAGUGAUUUUAGAGAUGGACAACAGUCGCAAUCUCGAUCUGAACGCCAUCGUGGCAGAAGUGCGCGCUCAGUAUGAAGACAUUGCCAACCGUAGCCGAGCAGAGGCUGAGAACUGGUACAAGCAGAAGUAUGAGGAGAUGGCAACGUCAGCUGGAAAACACGGUGAUGACCUGAAAAACACCAAAUCUGAAAUAUCAGAACUGAACCGUUUGAUCAACCGACUGACAGCUGAAAUUGAAGCACUCAAGGGACAGAGAGCGAACUUGGAGACGGCAAUCGCUGAAGCAGAGGAACGUGGGGAGCUGGCAGUGAAAGAUGCAAAGGCCCGCAUCGCUGAUCUGGAGGCCGCCUUGCAGAAAGCCAAACAAGAUAUGGCCCUGCAGGUCCGUGAAUACCAGGAGCUGAUGAAUGUCAAGCUGGCCCUGGACAUUGAGAUCGCCACCUACAGGAAACUACUGGAAGGCGAGGAGAGCAGGCUCAGUUCAGGAGGAGGUGCAGUCACGGCUGUCCACGUGCAGUCAUCUUCUACUAGCGCUUCAUCUGGAGGAGGAUUCGGUGGAGGAUACAGUAGCCUUGGUGGCGGAUAUGGUGGCGGAUAUGGUGGACUCGGUGGCGGUGGAUUUGGUGGUGGAUUUGGCGGUGGAAUGGCUCCACCAAUGCCAAUCACAGCAGUCACCGUUAACCAGAGUUUACUGGCCCCUCUCAACCUGGAAAUUGAUCCCAACAUUCAGCAAGUCCGAGCCCAAGAAAAGGAGCAGAUCAAGACCCUCAACAAUCGCUUUGCCUCCUUCAUUGACAAGGUCCGCUUCCUGGAGCAGCAGAACAAGAUGCUGGAGACCAAAUGGAACCUCCUGCAAGAGCAAAGUGGUAGUGGUCCAGGUGGUGCAAGAUCCAAUAUUGAACCCAUGUUUGAAGCCUACAUUGCCAAUCUGCGUCGGCAGCUGGACGGCUUGAACAAUGAGAAAAUUAAACUGGAAAGUGAUUUGAAAAACAUGCAAGGCUUGGUGGAAGACUUCAAGAACAAGUAUGAAGAUGAAAUCAACAAAAGGGCUGCAGUGGAAAAUGAUUUUGUCCUGCUGAAAAAGGAUGUUGAUGGUGCUUACAUGAACAAGGUUGAACUGGAGGCCAAGGUCGAGGCACUUCAAGAUGAGAUUAACUUCUUGCGUGCCCUCUACGAUGCGGAGCUCAACGAAUUACAGAAUCAGGUUAAAGACACCUCAGUGAUUUUAGAGAUGGACAACAGUCGCAAUCUCGAUCUGAACGCCAUCGUGGCAGAAGUGCGCGCUCAGUAUGAAGACAUUGCCAACCGCAGCCGAGCAGAGGCUGAGAACUGGUACAAGCAGAAGUAUGAGGAGAUGGCAACGUCAGCUGGAAAACACGGUGAUGACCUGAAAAACACCAAAUCUGAAAUAUCAGACCUGAACCGUUUGAUCAACCGACUGACAGCUGAAAUUGAAGCACUCAAGGGACAGAGAGCGAACUUGGAGACGGCAAUCACUGAAGCAGAGGAACGUGGAGAGCUGGCAGUGAAAGAUGCAAAGGCCCGCAUCGCUGAUCUGGAGGCCGCCUUGCAGAAAGCCAAACAAGAUAUGGCCCUGCAGGUCCGUGAAUACCAGGAGCUGAUGAAUGUCAAGCUGGCCCUGGACAUUGAGAUCGCCACCUACAGGAAACUACUGGAAGGCGAGGAGAGCAGGCUCAGUUCAGGAGGAGGUGCAGUCACAGCAGUCCACGUGCAGUCAUCUUCUACUAGCGCUUCAUCUAGUGGAGGAGGAGGAUUUGGAAUGGGAGGAGGAGGAGGAGGAGGAGGAUUUGGAAUUGGAGGAGGAGGAGGAGGAGGAUUUGGAGUUAGAAUGGGAGGAGGAGGAGGAGGAUUCAGCAGUAGCAUGUCACGUAGUGGUGGCGGUGGCCUCACAAUGGGUGGGGGACGCAUUUCAAGCUCCUCAAGCAGCGUAACUCAAACAAGACGUUUUUAGCACACAAACUUCCACUUUCCUGACAAAGUACCACACAACACAUUCAACAACCUGAGUGUGUUCUAAAUGCUUUUUCCUUGUCUUAGUUUUUCUUAUUAACUCACACACCCAAAAAACAUACUUAUUGUCAGCAGGAGAACAUCAUAGAUGUGACACAGUGAGAUGUGAUUUGGAAAGGUUAUGUACUAUUAGACAAUAAAACUAAGUCAUCCUUAACAAGGUCAUGUUAACAGAUAACAAAACAAUUAGGAACACCACAACAGAAGAUCACGCAAUAUAAGCAUUGACCAUAACUAAAGAUCCUCUCAACAUUUAUAAAGAAGGCUUUCUGGCAGAACACUAAGCAGAAUUUCCUAAAUAUGGGGACAAGUCCCACACACUCAGUUUUCUGGUUUAGUUCCUGCUGCCACCCAACACUUCACAUCUGAUCAAGUGAACCUGGUCUGUACACUUUCAGAACUACAAUUCAUGAAUAUGUAGAACUUUCCACUCUUUUUUCUCCCAGCCCCUAAGAAAAAGCGCCGACUUGCUCAGUUUCUAUCCAUAACCUGUGAGCAAGCAGAUAUUUUGGUCAAGCUCUUCCUCAUUUCAAGAAAUAGGUCAGGAUUGGCAGAGAACACACUUGAUUACAUAUCAGCACACUUCACUACUUUACAGUGUUUUUACUGUAUAGUGAAAUCAUGAAACAAUUGAAUUUGUAUUUUGUUAUAAGCAAAGUGCAACCUUAUAGAGCAUUCCCAACAAAAUAGUUUUGUAUUCAAUGAAAAAAUAAAAGAUGUUUUACCAGGUGCUACUAAGACUAUGGCUCUGCCCAAGGGAGACUCCAAGGAGUUGCCACAUGCUAGACUACAAAGAAGCAAUGAGAUCAAGUGAGAUGAAGUGUGUGUAUAGACACUGGCUGGGUCAUCGAGUGCCAUAAUUCUCAGGGACUUCUGAAUGUUUCCUCAGAGUACAAGGAAGCAGCCUGUUUGACACCUUGAGGGAUGCUGAAAGUGGGCAUCGUGUUGUUCUUAACAUGCAUUGAGCACUCGGGGUUAGCUAGGCCUAUUGUUCCAUGAGAACAGCCUUUGUGUCCAUCACUCAUACGAUUAUGUAAACUUCUCUGUUCUGGAUGUUCUGCUACUAAUCAGUCAUCUGAAAUAAUCCUGAUUAUUAUUACUGAGGAAUUGCUGAAGAGAAAACCCUAACAACCGACCUCUGAAACAGAUUGGCUCUGUAUUGCAAACAAUCCAAUAAACCUGUAUUGACCAAA